AUGGAGGCUACCGAGGUGACUGAACGUAAACAGUUUGCUCCAGAUGCUGCCGUUACAAACGAGAUUGCGUCUGAACUAGACCAUCUAUGUCUACCCUUGUCAUUUCACGAUUAUGAUGUCUUUUCACGAGUAAGUGAAAGCUUGAAGAUGUAUGGAGAAGCCGCGGUGAAAGAAAGCGACCUACGAGACGUAAGGUUGGCCAUGGAGGAAGCUAUUACGCAGUCUGUUGAUCACAGGAUCGAAAAUGCUAUUCGAAUUGUGCUGGUUGCUCGCUCGUACAUUUACGCUUGUCUAGGAUUUAUGUAUGGAACGGGAAAAGGUGGUUUUCCUAACACUAAGAAGGCGUUUGAAUUCUACCAGCUCGCAGCUAAGGCGGGUGUAGGCGAGGCACAGUGCAAGCUGAAGGAGCAGCAGCGUGUUGUCGUAGAGUACAUCUACAAUAUUAAUGGAAACGACGUCUGCAGCUGGCUUCCUACAGGAUACGAUCUACAGAGUGCCUAUGUUUGGUUUGAUCGCGCUAUGGCGGAUGAAGUGAGUUAUAAAUCAAACUUUGUGAACAGUGCCAUGAAUUGGCUCAAACGAAAACCAAUGAUGUACCUCAAGUGUAAACCUCCUUACCAACUUCACGCAACAAAACAGCUUGCACGAAUGAGUCUUCAUGAAGUAGACGACACUUCAGAGAAUCAUAGGACAGACCUUUACAGUGGUAUUCGACUUUUGUCGGUGGCUGCUGUAGGUGGAUGCGCUGAGGCGCAGCUGUGGCUUGCAUCUUAUUUCUUGGUGGGGUUGGACGAUUUCUGUGAUCGGCGAAAAUCUCUCUUCUGGUUAAGAAAGUCUCACAAAUCCAACGAUACUGCAAAACAGAUAUUGAAAUACUGUGUAACAGGACGUGAAGGAGAUGCAGCAGAUAGAGCUCGUCAAAUUCUGAAAGAUGCAGACCUUCCUAUUCCUUCUACUUUGUCUAUAGAGUCGUUUACAGUGCGAACACUCGGUGAACUGUCUUACGACUCUCAGCACUUUUUCAAAGAGCGUUCAUCCAGGAGAGCACCGCUGGCCGUCCCAGCGUCGGUACUGUCGGAAUUUCCGCAAUCGCCGACGUGUCAAAGGUUUCUUGGUGCGUCUGAUUUAGUGAAAGAAGCCAAUAGUAUUCCAGUUAGUUGCAACGUAGAGGACAAGAGACAAUACCUGCAGUAUAUUGUCAACGCCUAUCUUAUGUGUCCACUUGUCUUGCAGUUUGUAUCUGUUGACUUCUCUAGGGUUAGUAGUGCUUGCGAUGAUAUUGAAAAGAACUUUCCAUCUGUUUGUGAAGAUGCACUAAUAGGAAGGGAGAUUACCAGGACAACUAUAAUUAGUCCAGAACACGCACAGGAAAGCAUUGAUUUCGUGUUAGAAGCUAUUCGACUGAUGAAACUCCGAAACAUGAGCGAUAAAUCGAGUCAGCUCAAGCUAGCUCGUUUACAUUGUCUAGCUGGAAACAUGCAAUGUUUGAGCGGUCAAUAUGUUAGCGCUCUAGACCAUUUCAAUCAAGCUGAAGAGAUAGGAACGGACGACGUCGCAGCUGUUCUCAAUGGCCAAGCAUUUUGUUACAGUACCAUGUCCAUUGAAGAGAAGUUCUGCAGAGUAAACAGAUUAAUCGAAAUGACUAAGAAAAUUUCGGAUUAUUGUGGCCAUGUUUCCGUGAGAUUAAGUUCGAAACAGCUUGCAAUUUCUGAUGCGGAAACAGUUGCAAACAAAUUGUCUGGCAUGGAAAGCGGUGAAACUGCGGUGGCCGAAGCCGAAAAACCUCAAGCAGAAUCGUCUCGAGGAACUGCAACUCAUGCAGUAAAAGAAGGAGCAGCAGCAACUUUAUUUGCAGCAAAUUUGCGCAAUCCUCCACACUCUGCAUUGAAAGAAGUUCUCUCGACAGCAAAGGACAUUGUUCUCAGAGACGACCUUUCAAACGCGGUUACUGGUUCUACUACGUUUGCUGAAUCAGGAGCAAGUGGCAGAGUGGCCAUCUUUGUCACAUAUGAAAACGAACAAGAUAACAAGGAUUUGUUCUAUGCUCCUGCUCGUAGUAAGUCGUUUACCGGUCGUAUUGACAUUCUCGAGAAAUUGUGGCAAUCUCUGCACUCUAAGGAAGAGAUCGCUGAGGAGUCAAGAAGAAGAGGUGAUGUCGGUUGUGGUUUGUCUGCAAUAUCAGGUUUGGGUGGGACUGGCAAAACAAGCGUUGCCGUCGAAUAUGUAUGGAUACAUAAAGAGUAUUACUCUGGCGGUUGUUAUUGGUUGUCUGUAGACGAUCUAGAAGGAAGUAUUAGCGAUUUGGCGUGUUACAUUGGCGCGCACAAAUCGGUCACCUUUGACGGAUCCUCGACCGUAAGAUAUCAGCUUAGCGGCAUUAUGUCAUAUCUUUUUGCACUUAAACGUCCGUGGUUAUUGAUAUUAGACAACAUGGACCUAACAGAAUUGAGCUCUCAUCCUUUAUUGGAGACAAUCGUGUUGGGACCAUGGAGACAAUCGAACGAUUAUGGUAAUCUUAUGGUCACGUCUCGAUGCAAUGCCGACGUUUUGAGUGAAAUUUUCCAUAUUGACAAACAAACGUCAAUACACGUUUUGCAUGAAUUUAUGGAAAGCGAGUCAAUAGCGUUUUUAGAACAAAGAACAUCGAGCGUCAAGAACGAGAUCGAAUUCUCCAAAGACCGAGCAGCCAUUCUGGCUCGUCGAGUCGGUCAUUUACCGCUCGCACUCGAACAAGUAGCAGCUUAUCUCAUCUUCACGCGCUGCUCGCUCGACGACUACGUUUCUACGUAUAAAAAGCAACGUUCAAAGUUACUGAAAAGACGAAAGAUUGCAAAACCGUCGGGACAGGACAAAGCGUCGAAUCACCGUUUAGCUGUUCAUACGACUUGGAAGAUAAACUUUGAUCGCAUCAAGAGGCACGAAGAGUUCGGUCAAUGUGCCGACUCGUUCGUUCGUAUGUGCGCCUUUCUUGCUCCAGAAAAGAUCCCGUAUAUCCUUAUCAAAGCGACCGACGAGGAACUUUUCCAGACCGACUCGACGGCGUUGCGUUCGAUUGUCGGUCUCUUGACUGAAUUGUCUUUAUUUCACGAAGAAUAUGAGAAAAAAGGAUUAAGUGUUCAUCGAUUAGUACAAGAAGUACUGCAGGAAUGUAUCAAAGUAAGCGGAUGUGAAGAACUUCACGCGACGUUUGAGUCUGCUGUUAAUGCCGUUAGUUUGUGUUUGCAACGAUGCAAGAAACCGAACUUAAUGGAAUAUUGUUUGAGAGAAAGAGUAGGGGAAGACGAACAGUGGGGAAUUCUAUCAUCUCACGCCUUCGUUUUACAAGAACAUAUAUUCUCUAACGCUCCAUUACUCGGUCCAUCAUUCCGUCGUCUCGUGUGCUACAACGUAGCAGUUUUGUUGGAUAACGCUUCUAUUUACUGUAACUGCAUUGGACGGUUAUCCGUUGCUAAAUUGCUCGAUCGUCAGAAGCUUCGUCUGCUCGACACGAUGGACGAUAGAUUGAGUAAAGAUGACGUCAUAAGGUUGACAUCUACUAUUAUACCGUUACCGUUAAGAGUUCAACAGAACGUAAGACGAGCGAUACGAGACGAAACGAUGAGUGGAAUAAAAUUACAAACGGUCGGUGAUAUAUCGUCGAAACGUAAAGAUGGCGACGUCGCGACGGUCAAGUCUAGUCGCGAGGUCCGGAAAGACUCGAUCAAAAUUUUACGAACUUGCGGUCGUCACGUCGCCGAGGAAGUGGCGAAUGAACUGUCGAGCGAAUUGUCGAGUCUGUCGUCGACGUGUAGAAAGAACACGAUGGAGGAAAGAUAUUCGCUCGUGAGCUGUAGAGCACGAGCCUAUCUGCAGUCUGGCAAGUUGGAUGGAUGUUAUCAAGAUGCGACCGAAUGCAUCAAGUUAUUACCCGCUCGUUGCGACGGAUACGAGAUUUUAUCUCAACUGUUUGCACUCAUCCAAUGCUCGUCGUUACCUUUAGCUCGUUGUGUGGCGUCAGUGGCAAUGCACUUGAAUGCCGAAUCUUGUCGAAUGAAGUGGUUUAAGCAAGCCUACCCGAACGUUCCAUCCGUUAAGAUAACGACGCAGGAAAACCUUCGCUCGAUCUUGAAUGAUCAAAAACGUUAUCGAGGAUUUACUGUACUUGUAGAUAACAAGCAAAUAACCGAGUAUGGUAUGAGUGUGACGGAAAAUAUCAACUUUGUUUGUUUGCAGCAAUGUAGAAUGGAUAUAGACAAAGGAAUAUUUAUUCAAAGUUAUUCGUGUUGGGUAAAUUUUCAAAUGUUUAUGAGAAAUGGAGGUUUCAUCGUUUGUUUCGAGGCACAUGCUUCUCUUCUGCACUGUCGCCUUACCUCUACUCGAGCUGGUUAUUCUACUAUAUCAGUGGAUGGAUCGGUGUAUUUGGACAGAUGUCACAUUGUUGACAGUGAUGCGGGAGGAUUGAAUGUCUGUUCCACCGGUAGUAGAGUUCCAGGUACAGCUGCCGUGUGUUCUUGUCUAGUCAAAGGCAACAAAGCAAUAGGAUUGGAAGCUCGAUAUGGAGGUUGUCUUAUGUCUAUAGGCAACACAGUAUGUGAAAAUCGCAUCGGAUAUUUGUUGGGACCGCUUCCAGGCGAUUGUCUCCUUCAAUCUAACAUCGUUUUCAUGAAUGGUCAAGGAAUCGAGAUUUCUCACACAAACAUGGUACGAAACCCAUUGUUUAGUGAGGAGAAAGUACGCGACUAUAUUGCGUCAAUGCCAUGUCAGCCAGAGUCUGUUCCCGGUGUAGUGAUCGAAAGAAACGAGUUGUGUGAGAAUUCAACGUACGGAAUCUAUUUGUUAUCUGUUACAUCUCGAUGUGGAGUCGUGUCGGUUAGGAAAAAUCUGAUUAAUGGUAACAUGUACUGGGGAUUUGGAUCGCUUGACUGUUGCGAUCCGCAUCCCAACGUUGGUGUCGUUGUGACUGAAAACACAAUUCGUAGUAAUAAGUGUGGGGGAGUUAGAAUAAGAUUUAGUGGCAUCUCUUCUCACAGAAUUACAGAUAAUGUAAUAGAAAACAACUUAUUGGCAUUCAACGAAUCUGAACUGGCUAAGAGCGUUCUAGAGACUUACACGAGUUGCAACAUUGUCAGGAACAACAAGAAGACACUUCACUAUCCUCAGUCUGAAAGUCAGUGGCAGAAGAAUAGUUGCUCACAAUGCCAUACUACACUAAGACAAGGAAAGCAAAGCAUUCAAUGCCAACGGUGUUAUGCUUCCAACUAUUGCAGUAGACCUUGUCUUGAGAAACAUUUAGAAAGACACACGUUGUUGUGCGAAAUUACUAGAAGUCGUUACAGCGUUACCACUUCUUCGUGGACGUCAGAACCAACUAGAACGGUUAGGAAAACAACAAGAAUUGUGAACCCUAGACACAAGCGAGGACCUUCGUUCGCUUCAGUACCUCAGAUAGGAGGCCCUCGGUUUGCUGUGAAGCUACAAACGCAAGAAGAGUCCCAGACGUCUUCGUCACCUAUUACUAUCUAUGAUCAAACUCACACCAUAUUUACUGUGAUUAUGAAUACUCAGUUGUAUGACUUGAUUAUGAAUUGUGGUGUUGUCGGAGAAAGGUGCGGUACGUCCAAGAAAGUUUUCUGCUGGGCAGUGUUUGAAGAUAAAGACAACAUUAGAAUUUUUUUCCACGAACUUGCUCCUUACACAGACGAAUGGUAGCCGUCUAUGAAAGCGAACGUAAAUAUAGUUGUUUUAUAUCAUCACAAUUGCGAGUUGAUAAACUAACUAUAGUUCAGUAUUGUUCAGUUUACCAGAUGGAAACUUACUGCUAGCUUUAUGUACAUGUACCAUAGCAAGUUGUGUCAGUUGACAGACUCAUCGGUUGUCUAUUCGUCUUUCUUGCUUUGUCAUUAAUUAAAAACUGCGGU